AUGUUCUCUUCAGCCACUAUUAGAGCAGCGCCGCUGCGACGGCUUGCGGUCCGACAGACCAUCCGCUCCUUCAGCCAUAUCAACCCUCAAUCACGCCUCAUUAUUCCCUCUCAUCAAGCCUCCCAGCGUCUCGUGAACCAGUCCAAGCCUAUCAAGCACUCUGCGUCGUUCGCUACCAGUGCCGAGGCCGUUGCGCCGGCAGCGGAGCCCGCCGCCGCCCAAGAAAACCAGAACUUCGCUGCCGUGGCCACGGGCGGUAUCCCGUACCCGGGGAUCCCCAAGAUUGAAGACCCGUACCAGAAGCGCCAAUGGCAACUCGAGCAUAUGGCGGGUGCCUUCCGUGUGUUUGCGCGGUUGGGCUUCACUGAGGGUGCUGCGGGACACAUCAGCGUCCGUGACACUGUUGACCCAAACACAUUUUGGAUCAACCCAAUGGGCAAGCACUUUGGCAUGUUGAGGGCCUGCGACAUGGUUCACAUCGAUGAGGAUGGUCAAGUCAUCGGCGGCAACCGCGCCGCCGUCAACGCCGCCGGCUUCAUGAUCCAUUCCGCCAUCCACAAGGCCCGCCCCGAUGUCCACGCCGCAUGCCACGCACACUCCAAGUUCGGCAAGGCGUGGUCGACAUUCGGCCGGCCGCUGGACAUCAUUAACCAGGACGCCUGUAUGUUCUGGAACAACCAGAGCGUGUACUCCAGCUUCGGCGGAGUCGUGCUGGCCGCCGAGGAGGGCGAGAACAUCGCCAAGGCGCUGGGCCCCGUGAACCGCACUGUCGUCCUACAGAACCACGGGCUGCUUACCGCCGGCGGCACCGUUGACGAGGCGGCGUACUUGUUCUCGUUGAUGGAGCGCUCGUGCGAGGUGCAGUUGCUGGUGGAGAGCGCCGGGUUGGAGAAACAGGCUAUUGGCGAGGAAGAGGCCAAGUUCACGUAUGAGGUCAAUGCUGACCCAGAAACGCUUUAUACCGAGUUCCAGCCUGACUUCGAGUAUGAGAUUUGGAAAUCCGGUGGGGAAGUUACGAACGGGCUGUAG